AUGUCCACUCAAUCCGCCCAAAGCAUCCUGUUCACCCACACGGCCCCCCAACAGGCCUUCCGGUUACUUGAACUCCCAGCGGAUCUCGCAGAGCUCCUUUCCUCGGACAAUCCUCCCACGUACGAACAUCCAGAACCAAUGUCCUACCUCUUAAGUUACAUAAUACUAAUCAACCCAAACCACAGCCUCGAAAUCAAAUCCCCCACUCCCUCUUCCCAAGAAUCUAACCCCACUGACCCUCCCACCGACACCACCCGCGAAUACAUCAACCUCUGCACCCCAACUCAAACCUACCGCAUCCGCCAAGUCCAAUCCUCCAAUUCCCUUCACAUCCUCCGCCCCAGCGACGAUGGCAUCCAACGCGGCAAUCUCGCCGUCGUCGGCGGCCCCACCACCACAGAGGACCCAGUCCUCGCCGACAUGAACCUCUCCGAAACAAUGACUACGAUCGCGAAGUGUGGGUCCACGCUGGAAUUGCAUACCCCGCAGGAGGGAUUUAAUAUCAUCCCCGUUCUCGAGGGGUUGUUGGGGAGAUAUGAUUCCCUUUCUGAUGGGAACACUGAGCAAGGGAGGUUGUCGGAAUCGACAGAUCGGAGGAAGAUUAUCGAGGGGGUAUUUGCUGAUGUUCCAGUGUCCCGGAUGCAAUGCGGGAGGGCCUGGAGGGAGGUUUGCGCGUUUGUGUUACCUGAUACGGGGCGUGGUUGGGUGCCGACGGCGAAGGUGAAAAUUGGGGUGUGGAAGCGGGCGGUGGAGGGCUCUGUACUACAGGGCAUUGAUCUGGGGAAGCAGUUCCUGGUGCGUGAUGUGUGGAGGUCGGUACUUGAUGAGAAUGGGGAGGGGGAGUGGCCGAGGGAGCUGUUUGAGGCGGUUGUAAGAAGGGUCUGUGAGGCCGGUGAUAGUGAUGGGGGUUUGUUGAUGGAGGGGGAGAUGAAGUGGGCAAGUAUUGAUAAGGAGGGGUGCGUGCGGUGGGUUGGCGAGACGUAUCUGGAGGCUGUGGCACCCACGGCAAAUGCCGCACUUGGACGGAGCGAGUUCCUGAAUGCUUGGAAGGACCAUUUGCCCGAGGGCUGGAGGGAGGAGGUUGCGCUCUCGAAGCUUACGGAGGACAAGCAUAGAUUUCCCGAUCCAACGACUAUCUGCUUUGUCAACGACGAUGAUCGACAAAAAUUGAAGAAAAAUCUCUCAACAGAUGCUAGUGCUUCUACCACGGCGAAGAAGACACGAAACUGGCACGAGCUGUUCAAAAAUCAAAAGCGACAGAAGCGCUGA